UGUCCACCUGUGGGGAGAUAUUGCAAGGUUCUUCAGAGGGCUGAAUAGAGGGUUUCAGCAACUUCUGUUCAACUGUACAGAAGACAUCCUCCUGCUGUUGCACGAAAGGCCUAAGGGGCCCCCACCUACCAUGCUGAGAACCUGAAGCUGCCAUUUCCAAAUCUGAAGUUAAGACAUGGGAAGCAUGUGUAAUAGCAGAAUGGAAAUGAAAACAUAAAGCAAAACAAUGUCUUCAGUUCUUCAGUUAAUGAUAAUUUACUAAUGAUUUGUUAAAUGUUUAUUACGUGCAAGGCAUUGUGUAAAUCUCUUUCUAUUUAUUAUCUCAUUCAGUCCUCCUUGCAGACCUAUAACAUAGGUACCAUUAUAAUCGCUGUUUUACAGGUGAGGCUCAGAGCAGUUACUUGUUCAAGGUCGCACAGCUAACAAGUGGCAGAACAGAAAAUGCUUAUGGUGAGGCUCAUUAGCUUGUCCUAAUUCACAUUCACAGGAAGCCAGAGUUGGGCUCUGAAGUUUACCAUUCUGCCCCCCCAGCGUAUUCCAUCUGAACUGCCAGGGGUCUACCCCCAAGGAGGUCUGGUAAAUGGGGUCUUGAAUCUGACCAGGGGGUCCUUCAGAGCCUCUGAAAGGCCAGGAGUCCUUGCACUUUGGAUAUUUUAUUAGCUCCAGGGACAGUGUACUUUGCAAGCAAACAAAUAACAAAACACGAAGCUGGUGAAACCUGAAAGUCUAUAGUUUAGUGAAACCUGAAAGUCUAUAGUUUAGUGAAACCUGAAAGUCUGUAGUUUAGCGAAGAGUGUCACGGCAUUGUUAAUUUCUUGGUUUUCAUUAUUUUGCUCUGGGUAUGCAAGAUGUUAACAUCAGGGGAAGUUGGGCGAAGGUUACAUGGAAACUCUGAACUAUUUUUGUAACUUUCCCAAAAGUCUAAACUUCAAAAUCUGAAGUUAAAGUUGGAGAGAUUUGUUUUUUCCCCAACAGGGUCACAUAAUUUCUUUAUGUUUUAACAGAGGUCUUGUUCUCUAAUGCCUCUCAACUUCCAGCUACAGUAUGUAUAGCUGAAGGAAGUCUUGUGGUACUUUCACCCAACAUCUGAGGCAUCAACUUGGCAGAGGGCCCUCAGGAUGGGCUCACCCUUACCUUCCACUUGGGGAAUCAUUUGGCCUUCCCUGCCCACUCCUCCCACCUUGUCCUCAGGUAUGCCUCUACCUGGUAGCUGAGAUCCUGGACCUCCAAGGUGUUGGACUGGCCACUGUAGGUAAAGUAUAGGCUGUUGUCAUUUUCAGAGGAGAACAAGCUGUCCUGGAGGCCCUGCUGAGAAACAUGACAGUCACCAGGUUGGACCCUGGUGGGACUUUACAUCUUGCCGGCAGCAGUGGGACAGGCAGAUCCUCAAGGAUGUCUCCUUGUACAUCGAGAGUGGGCAGAUCUUGUGCAUCUUAGGGAGCUCAGCUUUAGAAGCAAAUAGGCAGACAAAGCCCCUGCAGUCCUGACUGGGAUGAAAGAAAUGCCUCAUCUCUCUGUAACUUUUUUGGACAAGCCGGAAAGACUCAUUGGUGGCAUGAGCGUUUGACUCAAGAGGCUAAAGAGAGAGCAAGCUCCGGGAAAACCACGCUGCUAGAUGCCAUGUCUGGGAGGCUGCGGCGCACGGGGACCUUCCUUGGGGAGGUGUUCAUGAACGGCCGGCUGCUGCACAGGGACCAGUUCCAGGACUGCUUCUCCUACGUCCAGCAGAGUGACACGCUGCUGAGCAACCUGACGGUGAGGGAGACUCUGCGCUAUGCAGCACUGCUGGCUGUCCGUCGCUGCUCCCCAGGUUUCCUCCAGAAGAAGGUGGAUGCAGUCAUGGUAGAGCUGAGUCUGAGCCACGUGGCAGAUCGACUGAUUGGCAAUUACAACCUUGGGGGAAUUUCCAAUGGCGAGAGGCGCCGGGUCUCCAUCGCAGCCCAGCUUCUCCAGGAUCCCAAGGUCAUGCUGUUUGAUGAGCCCACCACGGGUCUGGACUGCAUGACAGCAAAUCAGAUCGUUGUCCUCCUGGCAGAGCUGGCUCGCAGGAACCGCAUUGUGAUUAUCACCAUCCACCAGCCACGCUCUGAGCUCUUUCAGCUCUUUGAUAAAAUCGCCAUUCUGAGCUAUGGAGAGCUGGUUUUCUGUGGGACACCGGUGGAAAUGCUUGAUUUCUUCAAUGGCUGCAAUUACCCUUGUCCCGAACAUUCAAACCCUUUUGACUUUUAUAUGGACCUGACAUCAGUGGAUACUCAAAGCAAAGAACGGGAAAUGGAAACCUACAAGAGAGUCCAGAUGAUUGAAUCUGCCUACAAAGAAUCAGCAAUUUAUCACAAAACCUUGGAGAAUAUUGAAAGAGCAAAACACCUGAAAACAUUGUCAACGGUUCCGUUUAAAACCAAAGAUUCUCCUGGAGCUCUCUCUAAACUGGGUGUUCUCUUAAGGAGAGUGACAAGAAACUUACUGAGAAAUAAGCUGGCAGUGAUUAUGCGUCUUGUUCAGAAUCUGAUCAUGGGUUUGUUCGUCGUUUUCUAUCUUCUGCGGGUCCAGAACGAUGUGCUGAAGGGUGCUGUCCAGGAUCGCGUGGGUCUCCUAUACCAGUUUGUAGGUGCCACCCCAUAUACAGGCAUGCUCAACGCUGUGAAUCUGUUUCCUGUGCUGCGAGCUGUCAGUGACCAGGAGAGCCAAGACGGCCUGUACCAGAAGUGGCAGAUGCUGCUGGCCUAUGUGCUGCACGUCCUCCCCUUCAGUGUCAUUGCAACCAUGAUGUUCAGCAGUGUGUGCUAUUGGACUCUGGGUUUAUAUCCUGAGGUUGCCAGAUUUGGGUAUUUCUCUGCUGCUCUCUUGGCUCCCCACUUGAUCGGUGAAUUUCUAAGUCUUGUGCUACUUGGUAUGGUCCAAAACCCAAAUGUGGUCAAUAGCAUGGUGGCUCUGCUCUCUAUUGCUGGGAUAUUUGUAGGAUCUGGAUUAAUAAGAAACACAGAAGAAAUGUCCCUUCCUUUUAAAAUCCUCAGUUACUUUACAUUCCAAAAAUACUGCUCUGAGAUUCUUAUAGUCAAUGAGUUUUAUGGACAGAAUUUCAUUUGUGGCAGCUCAAAUGGUUCUGUGACAACUAAUCCAAUGUGUGCCUUCACUCAAGGAAUUCAAUUCAUUGAGAGAACCUGCCCAGGUGCAACAUCCAGAUUCACGACAAACUUUCUGAUUUUGUAUGCCUUUAUCCCAGUUCUUGUUAUCCUAGGAAUAGUUGUUUUUAAAGUAAGGGAUCAUCUCAUUAGCAGAUAGUAAAGAACAUUGCUGCAAAAAUGGACCUUACACCCCAAAUGUGCAUGACUACUUGGAAUGUCUAAACUAAGAAAGUCACAUGUUUCUUGAUAAUAUAAAGUCUUUUAAACAUUAAAACUCCCAUCUGUGCCCCUUAGAUCCACACAGGUCAUGAUAUUCCAACUUGCAGGGACAUGUGAUAUUUGGAAAUUGUGACUGAGCUGGUCCAAAUAUGUAAAUAUCAAGAAUUCAUAAAGUUAUGGGAGACUGGUGAGACUAUUUUUCUUUGUUCCAGAUGCAGAAAAAUAUAUCAGUUAAAAAAUUAUGCUUACAAACAAAAAAAAUUAGGCUUACACUUGAUACAAGAUUUGGUAAGAAGACGACAUGUGAAUGAUCACUCACUGUAAAUAACAGAAAAGAGAAUUGUGGGUUUGACUAGAGCAAGCAUCAUGCAGAAUUAGGUAGGAAUUCUUUCAUUAUCAUUUAAAAACCUACAUGAGGGGGCUGAGUUACUCAACCACAUUAAAAGGAUGUUAGGCAGAUGCUGGAUGAUGAAGACCCCUGAAACAGAGCACCUGGUGAUUUUUUGGGGGUAGUUAAAAUGAAAAACUAGGAAUGGGCUGAACUAAGAACACAUACCAGACAGACCUCUGGUAAUGUUUUUAAAGAUGAGUUUGCUAUUUUUCCACUUUUCACUUGUGUAUGUUACUAGAUAAAGUGUAUGCAUUGAGUAAUGGCAUCUUUAAGGCUAGAGAGCAGGUAUUAAAGUCCAUACAGAAAAGAUGUUCAACUGACACAACAUUUACACUAAGAAGAACCAGGUUACACAUGUGGAAUUCAGAUUCUUGAAUUGUAAAGGGAAAGAAUGCUGAUAAAUACAAAUACACUUAUUUUACAUAUUUUUCGGGAUGAAAUGAUGUAUAUAGAUGAUUAAAAAUGAGUUCUGUACUAUC